CGCUCUUUACAUUAUAUUACAUUUUGUUAAAGAACAUUCUCUUGAUUAUACACACAUCAGAUUAUUACAAAACAAAUGCUAAUCCAUAUAUAUGUAGCUUACAUCCAAACAAGCAUACGAUUCAAUUUCCUUGCAUUGAUAAUUUCAUUGUGGUCAUAAUGUCUUUGUAGUUUCAUUGUGUUCUGUGGGCCUCAUUUUGUGUCACUUGUGUUGUUGUAGUUGAUGAACAACGCUGUUAUUGCACAUUCUGACUUCUGAGCUAGUAUGUAGCUGUUUUUGACCUGCAGCACAGUGAAUUUUCCUGUGUCUCUGAGGAUUUGGUGUUUAUGUAAUACGUCUCUCUCUCUCUCUCUCUCUCUCUCUCUAUCUCUCGCUCAGCAUCCAGCGAACUUGAACUCGGAAAGGAAGCAAGCAGCCCACUUCCUGUCGUCAUGGUAACAGCAUGUGAAUGCAUUCAGUGGUGAGCUAGAGAAAGAGAGAGAGAGAACAUCAUCAGACGAUACAGCUCAGUCUACACAGCCGAAUGAAAGGUGUAUUUUCAAGAAUACAGUUAAAUAUGGAAUAUCUUAUUUAUAAGGAAAGCCUAAGCUUGAACUAAAAAUCAAAGAUGGAACAUACAGCCUUGGUUUGUUCUGGCAAGGGCUGGUGUGGCCCUAACGUUUCAACGUUUUCACCUGAGUGGGAUGACAGUAUAAACUCCUUUCUGGCGGCACCCGACGUGAUCAAACCCCCUCCACAGUUUCAGGAUCCAGAAGAACCAAGCGAGGCAUCACCCACCAAUUCUGCUGUAGUGGUAAGACGAGAAAAAGACAGUCUGAGCUCCUUCAAGAAAGAGCGUAGGAGUAGACCGACAAGUAACAUAGAACUUCACAGACGUUCCUUGUCCCUUUCCACCAACAUUAAUGCCAACACAGGAGUGACCCAGCGACGAUGUGAAAGCUAUGCACUUUCAUAUCCUAGCAGCAGUUCUGAGGAUAGUGGAAGUGACAGCACUUCUGCGAGGAGAGGAGAUCGCCUUCCAGAUGCCGUUCCACGGUCUAGGUCCCGGAGCAUUAUCCUCAAGAAGGCCAAAAGGAAACCAGUCCCACCUGUACGAACAGUGUCGUUGCAAAGGCUUAAAGCUGGGAAGCAUUCUGAACAUAAUACACAAACAUGCUUCAAAAAAGAUGCACAGAACCUCAUGCUACUGCCAGAUCUUAUUCCAACAUCUAAGUCCGAGGUUAGUAAGUGCAAACAAUCAGCUCCUACAGCUGAAGCUCCUAAUAAGGUGGCACUGUCAUGCCACAGAGCGCUAAAUGAACUACGAUCCAGUGAACCAUGCAAGCCUGGCUUGGGUCACUCGGCGGCUACUACAAUAAAUGAAGGUAAUGCUGAGUUACCUACUUCUCCAUCCUCUUCUCACUCCUCUACCUCCCAGCCCUCUAUUUCAUCUCCUUCUAAGCCCAUUGGGUCAAACUCUCCAUCAAGUGGUUAUGCAAGCCAAUGUGAAACCCCCACUCAAUCACUCCUGACCUCAGCAAACAUAGGAUCUUCUCAACUAGGCUGCAGGAUGCGCCCUAAGCCAUCCACCGCAAUUUCUGGCCAAAGGGCAAGGAACCGAAAUGCAAGACUCUCUCUUCAGCUUCCUGAAAUGCAACAGUGCGCCCCUGAUUCCGAAACUUCCACGGUUCAACCUAAAGCAAAUCGGCGCAACUCGGACAGCACAGAAGCCACCAGACCCAAGCAACGGAACAGUCUGUUCAUAAUGCCAAUGGUGACUCAGGAGGACCUGAACAAUGUUCACUUGCGUUCAAUCAGCAGUUCCGAUCUAGAAACUACAGAGGUUAUUGAGGAAGAGAGUGAAAAAGCUGGAAACUCUAUAAGUCCUACAAAAAGCCCGAAGGCCAAACCACCAGUGGCUCCAAAGCCCCAGAGAAACAAAUGGCUACCAAGUCUCAUGGUGCAGCCACGCUUUGGAGCAGCAUCUGAUCCAGAACCCCCAACAGUCAUAGCAGGUGACAGACAGGAUGACAUUUAUGCUAUGAUCAACAAACCGAAAUCUGCAGUGACUGUGCCAUCCCCAAAUACAACCAGAACUGAACCAGGACGUCCUUACAGGCACCAGCAAAUUUUUGAUGAACACGUUGUGCAGCCAGUGUGGGAGACCCGUCGGACACAACUCCCAUGCACUUCUGAGGCACAGAAUUCAAACGUGCUUCCGCUUAACAAAACUAACAAACAUGCAUUUAAUAAGAAGAGAAGAGCCCCAACACCACCUCUGGCAAAGACUACAAAUGUGGAUAGCCCACUUUAUGAGAAUUCAGCUCAGACAAUGCCAAGCUCAGACAAAGUCCAGUCUCCAUCUAAGCUUUGCAAGACUCCAAAAUCUCCAACAUCUGCAAAUCAGUAUCAUGUCACCCUAUAUGGUGUAAUUCCAUCAUAUCCUAUGGUCAUUGAACAGCAACACUCAAGUGGUCAAGCACAUCCCACAUAUGAUGUAGAGGAAAGCGACCAAAUGCCAGAUCUUGGACCUCUACAAUUAGUGGGAGAGGAGGACGAUGUAUUUCUUUACAAGUCCAAAUCUCACACAACAGAGGACCUGUUCAGCAUCAUCCACAGAUCUAAAAGAAAGCUUCUGGGUCGUAAAGACUCAUUUGAAAAUAAGCAAGGUGACCCUGGCACUCAGACACUUGGUGAGGGAGCUUCCAAAAAGAGUUCUCAAAAUGACAACUUCAUAGCUUUUCUGAGGAGGACAAGAAGUGCCAAGGCUGGGUGCAGUGGACGAGUUUCUGCCACAGAGCUCCUCAGAAGCUCUAGACCCACAGCUACGGUUCCAGCAAAUGUGACCCAUUGCAAAAAGAACUAUGUACAGUCAAAUGGUCCUUAACUUUUUUUGAAGAACUCUUCCAAUCAUGUUUUCUAUUUAAACGUUAUAAGAAAAUACUAUGUUAAAGUCCACUCCAAAAUAAAAAUUCUGUCAUCAUUUAAUCACCCUCUUUUCAUUUCAAACCUGUAUGACUUGUGAUCUUCCGCAGAACACAGAGGACGAUAUUUUGAAGAAUGUUGUUAACUUUCCCUCAUUCACAUUCACUGGUUUUGUGUCCAUACAAUAAAAAUGAAUGGGGACCAGUGCUGUUUGGUUAUCAACUUUCUUCAAAAUAUCUUCUUUUGUGUUCUGCGGAAGGAAGAAAGUCAUACAGGUUUGAAAUGACAAAAGGGUGAUGAUGACAGAAGUUUCAUUUUUGGGUGAACUAUCACAUCAAAGAAGCUUGUGAAAACAAAUAAAAAUUUGCUUGUAUAACUGCUUUUGUUUUGAAAAGGAUCAUUUAAAGUAGAACAUUUAAACGUGGUUCAAAUUGUAGUGUUUUAUUGUAGUGACUGAGAACAAAAUAAGUUAAAAUGACUCCUGUUGUAAAAUCAGAUACAACUUUUUAUGUAAACAUCAACGUUUUAAAAGUUAUUUCCUUGCCAAAUUAUUACUGAAUGUUAAAAAUAUAUACCAUUUGCGUUGGGCUAUAUCUUCCUGCUUUCCAAAAGAAGUUUAACAUUUCAUGCAGCAGGCUGUUGCUGUUGUGUAUCAAUGUUUUAACAAUGUACUGCUGUAGACGUUCAGUAUAUUAAAUUUCUUUAUAAAAGUAA